AUGAAUACUUACUCAAAUAGAUAAAGUUAAGAUGCGAAAUAGAUUGUUUAAGAAAAACAGAGCAGCUAAAAAUUAGACUUGAUGAGUCAGGAAGAAUCUCUUUAAGGAGAGAAUAAGGAAUAAACCCAUCAGUCUAUUUAAAUUGUACAUGAUCAUAUAUCAGAUUAAUAAAUAGAAAAUUAAUUAGAAUCCUAUGAAGUGAUUUAAUAAUAGCAUGUUGAUGAUUAAAGUUAUAUACAAAAAAUGAAUAAAUAAGAAUCUUUCGGUCCAAAAGGCAAUAAUGAUAGCGGUUUAUUUUUUAUUACAAAUCCAAAUUUCAAAACCCCCUCUUAGCAAAUGUCUGAUGAACAAUAUAGCAAAAUUCAAACAAACCCUGAAUAAUAUUAUGAUAAAUAAGUUGAAAAAUUAAGUUCAAUAAAAUCUGAAAUAUUAAAGAACUAAGCUUAAAUUCAAGAAGGCAAUUCUUUGUUUAAGAGACUAUAAAUUUAAUAAGAAUCUGAAAUAUCAAAAGAUACAAAAUAAAUAGAAAUAUCGAUUGAAUAAUUUAUAAAAAAAUUGACUGCGAACUUGUAAGAAUAGGAUUAAGAAAUGAGAUACAUCUAAAAAUAAAUUGAUCAGUAAACUAUAGAAAAUUAGCCAAUAAUUAGAUGUUUGUAAAGCUUUGAAAAUAGAGUAUUUAGAAUGGAAAAGGAAAUAGGUUUGGUUCCUGAAACAUAAUUUUCUCCUGAAGAUGUGAAGUAGUAAAAUUUAAAUAAAAUGGUAUUUUAAUGA